UCCACUUGAAAUCACACAGUGCUCCGGCAGAACCUUCACUUUGCAUCCUCCUCCUCCUCAGGUCUCUCCUCCUUCUCUUUAGUUCCUCGUCAACCCUCUCUUUCUCUGUCUGCCACAUCUGCAACCCGUUUUUCUCCUCCCGACGCGUGAAACUCUCAGACAGUCACCAUGGAGGCCAUCAAGAAGAAGAUGCAGAUGCUCAAGUUGGACAAGGAGAACGCCCUCGACAGGGCGGAGCAGGCCGAGGCAGACAAGAAGGCGUCGGAAGAAAAAUGCAAGCAGCUGGAGGAUGACCUGCUGGCUCUGCAGAAGAAGCUGAAGGGAACAGAAGAUGAGCUGGAUAAAUACUCUGAGGCCUUGAAGGACGCUCAGGAGAAACUGGAGCUGUCGGAGAAGAAGGCCACGGAUGCGGAGGGCGAUGUGGCUUCCUUGAACCGCAGGAUCCAGCUGGUGGAGGAGGAGCUGGACCGGGCCCAGGAGAGGCUGGCCACGGCCCUGCAGAAGCUGGAGGAGGCCGAGAAGAUGGCUGACGAGAGUGAAAGAGGCAUGAAAGUGGUGGAGAACCGAGCCAUGAAAGAUGAGGAGAAGAUGGAGAUCCAGGAGCUGCAACUCAAAGAAGCCAAACACAUUGCUGAGGAGUCCGAUCGUAAAUACGAGGAGGUGGCCCGUAAGAUGGUAAUCCUUGAGAGUGACCUGGAAAGAGCAGAGGAGAGGGCGGAGGUGGCAGAACUGAAGUGUAGCGAUCUGGAAGAAGAGCUGAAGAACGUCACCAACAACCUGAAGUCUCUCGAGGCCCAGUCUGACAAGUACUCGGAGAAGGAAGACAGAUAUGAGGAGGAAAUCAAGGUCCUGAAUGACAGACUUAAGGAGGCGGAAACCCGUGCAGAAUUUGCAGAAAGGACAGUGGCCAAGCUGGAAAAGACCAUAGAUGACCUGGAAGAUAAUCUAUCGCAUGCAAAAGAGGAAAACAUGGGAAUGCACCAAGUCCUGGACCAAACACUGCAAGAGCUCAAUAGCUUGUAAACACACAAGAAGCAGUUUUGUAAAAGAUAUAUCCCUCCAGUCUCUCGCCUUGUUUUAGCCCAACAACAACACAUUUAGUCCUUUUUAUAUAUUUAUGGUUCGUUGUUUCCCCACUUAUUUUGUAAUAAUGGUUUUGGGUCCAUAUAAUAUUAAAUUUUGGUGCUGGAAAUUUUGUUGUAGACACGAGACAAACACAAAUAAAACCAGACAAUGAUGACGAUCA